AUGAGCCUCAACCUCCCCACGAGGAGGUUAGCCUCGUCCGCUCCCUCGACCCUCCAGUCCAUCGCCCGACCGGUUCCUCGAUCCUUCGUCUUGCCCCUCCGCCCGGUUACCCAAGUACGAAACAAAUGGAGCUUUGGUGGUCUCUUUGGUGGCCGUCGUAGUGGCCGCGGCAGCACCGAUGACCUUAUGACGGGAGGAGAGAACCUUGACGAUCCCAAAGUCCGUCAGCGCUUCGCCCAGCAGCAACAACCCCAGCUUUCCAGCUCCAUCUUUGAGGAGGAGGUCGACGAUGCCGUUUCCGAAGGAAAGAAGGGUUCUAAAGCCGACAUGGGACAGGCUUCUUUGAAGACGCCCGAGACAACUGCCUGGCGACUCGACCCCGAUCCGCGAAGCCGUCUCCGCUGGGAGAGAAAGAAGGUCAUUCAGAUGGUCCGCCGCAACGGCCGCGUCAGUCGUUCAGAGCGCAUUGCGCAAACCGAGAAGGAGCUCGCGCACAAGAGUCCCUUCUUGGAAACCAGCGUCAAGAAGCUCGUGCAUCUGGCACGUCAGAUUCAGGGCAAGACGCUCGAGGAGGCGGUUUUGCAGAUGUCGUACUCCAAGAAGAAGAUGGCGGCCGAGGUCAAGUACCAACUGGAGGAGGCGCGGGAUCUGGCAGUUGUUACGCGUGGCAUGGGCAUCGGUCCCGGCAAGGCUAAGAGACAGGGUGAGGGUGCGGAUACGAAACCUAUCAAGAUCCAGACCAAGGACGGCAAGACUUUGACCGUCGAAGACCCAACGAGACUAUACGUUGCUCAGGCCUGGGUCGGAAGAGGGCCUUGGCGAUCAAAGGAGCUCGACUACAAGGGCAGAGGCAGAUUCGGCAUCAUCCAGUCGCCGUCCACUAGCAUUUCGGUCGUGUUGAAGGAGGAGAAGACGAGGAUACGGGAGUACAACGAGAAGCUCGCCAAGCAGGCGCGGAGGAAGCCCUGGGUUCAUUUGCCUGACCGGCCCGUGACGGCCCAGAGACCCUACUACUCAUGGUAG